GCAGCAAUGGGGAUCACACAGAGAUGGACAAACAGCAACAGAGACUCAACCAUCAAUGAGUCAAACUAUCGCCUUCUUUUACUGUGCCUGGGGCUGCUCAAUGGGGCUCUGCUGAUAGUUGCUGUUGCCAUCGGGAUAAAAUGUGCCACAGUCAAACAGGGAUCUGACCAGGUUUCCCAUACUGCUGCCUCAGAGCUCAUCAGUAAGCUGAAAUAUCUCCGUAGCAGCCACAGCGACAUGAUUGAAGCUGAAGAGGAGGCCAAGAAACAGUUGGAGAAAGUACUCAGUGAUCAUGCAAAUCUGAAGAUGCAACUUGAGCACCAGAAGGAGAUUAAUGACGGUUGUCAAAAAGGCAUCGAGGACCUGCAUACAGAGCAGGCUCUUCUACAGUCCAACUUGUCAGCUCUGGACACAUGUGGCAAAUGCCUCCCUGGAUGGAUGAUUUUCAAUUCAUCCUGCUACUUAUUCAAUAAUAAUUUAGGUCAGGGACUGACCUGGAAAGAAAGCAGAGAUGACUGUAUUCAACGUGGAGGUGACCUGGUCGUGAUUGAUUACCCAGAGGAGGAGCAGAUAUUUUUGAGGAACACCAUCAACUGGUUUGAAAUGUAUAACAGGAAUCGAUUCUGGAUUGGUAUCUCUUUUGUAGAAAGAGCGAAAACAUUUGUGUGGUUGAAUAAUGUCACCCAGGCUAUCAGACCAGUGGACCGGUCCAUAAUGUUCACAUAUAGCCAUACCUGUGGGUACAUUUGGAAUUCCUUGUCCACCCGUGAUUGCUACGAAAGGUCCAACUGGAUAUGUGAAAUGCAAACAAACCAGAGUGUGGAUGUCCUGCUUAAGUAGUGCUCAAGCAUAAAACACAAGCAUGUAUUUAGAUAUUUCUUCAAU